UCCCUUACUUUUUGUACAGAGUCUACCCCGCAGUAUAGACAAAGCGGUGGCCUAUCUGGAAAGGCGUCUGCCCAGCCUCACCAACCCAUAUGCUGUUGCCAUGACAUCAUAUGCCAUGGCCAAUGAAAACAAAAUGAACCGCGAGAUCCUCUACAAGUUUGCUUCCCCAGAGUUGAACCACUGGCCCACACCUAAGGGAGGUAUCUACACACUGGAGGCUACGGCGUACGCUCUUCUCGCUCUGGUCAAGGCUGAGGCUUUUGAAGAUGCCAAACCUGUUGUGAGAUGGUUCAACGAACAGCAGAAAGUUGGCGGAGGCUAUGGAUCGACUCAGGCCACCAUUAUGGUGUACCAGGCAAUAUCAGAGUACUGGUCCAGUGCUAAAGAACCAGAGUACGAUCUGAACGUGGACAUUUUGGUGCCGAGCAGGACAUUGUUUGAGAUGUACAACUUCAACAGGGAUAACCACUAUGCCACAAGGACAUCUAAAAUCAAAGCUAUAAACCAGAAUGUGACAGUGACUGCCAGGGGUUCAGGAGAAGCAACAGUGACAAUGGUGUCGCUGUACUACGCUCUGCCUAAACAAAAGGAAAGUGAUUGUCAGAAGUAUUACCUGUCAGUGCAGCUCAUCCCAGAAAAAAUGGAUGAGGACGAGAAUAUCUACAAGCUGAGGAUAGAAGUGUUGUAUAAGGACAAGGAAAGAGAUGCAGCAAUGUCAAUUUUGGAUAUUGGCUUGCUAACCGGCUUCACCGCUAACCAGUGGCGUCUAGAACAUUUGACAUGGGGGGGCAAAGGGGAGGAGACGUCUGACAGUGGUGCGGUUACCCAAAGUGACACGUCCAUUCUCAGGAGACGUCUGACAGUGGUGCGGUUACCCAAAGUGACACAUCCAUUCUCAGGAGACGUCUGA